ACAAUAGAGAGAGAGGUUUGUUUUGUACACUCCUGAAGAAUAUCAAAGUUCCAGAUGGGUAUGCAUCCAAUAUUUCUCGUCGUGUUAACCUCAAACAACAUAGCAUAUCUGGACUGAAAAGUCAUGACAACCAUAUAUUGAUGCAACAAAUACUUCCAAUAGCAGUGAGAAAUUUGUUACCGAAAAAAGUUGUUGAACCAUUGAUUGAGUUAAGCAAUUUCUUCAGGCAGCUGUGCUCCAAAACUUUAGAGCCAGAUGGGUUAGAUCGUCUUCAAUCCCAAAUUGCUCUUACACUUUGUCAUCUUGAGAGAAUUUUUCCUCCAUCCUUUUUCGAUAUAAUGGAGCACUUGCCUAUUCACCUAGCAGAGGAGGCCAAGAUUGCUGGUCCAGUGCAAUAUCGCUGGAUGUACUUCAUAGAAAGGUAUCUUAUGACACUUAAGUCAUAUAUGCGUAAUCGAAGUCAUCCAGAAGGUUCAAUUGCAGAGGGAUACUUAGUUGAAGAGUGUAUGACCUUUUGCUCAAGGUACUUGGAUGAUGUCGAGUCAAAAUUGAAUCGACCAAUAUGGAAUUACGAUGUUAGCGACAAUCCUGGGAUAUUACUAGGUCAUGCUUUAGGAAAAGGAAAAGGGUUUGCGCUUGAUAACACAUCAUGGGUACAAGCUCAUCGGUAUGUGUUAUUUAACACUACUGCAGUUGUCCCAUAUCGAGAGUAAGAUACAAUCUUUGUUCCAAAAUUUUAUUGAUACCAUUAAUAAGUAUCUUGCAUUUUAUAAGUACUUUAAAUGUAUAGGGAGCAUCGUGAUUUUAUUAAGCGGUCACAUCGUCGUCUUAAAGAUUUUGAUGUGGAUCGCCGUCACAAUGAUGAGUUUCCCAGAUGGUUUAAUUCUCAUGUAAGUACUAAUAACUUACAUGUUUUUAAUUUUCAA